AUGUCUACUACUUUGAGCUGCGAACAAAAUAAUGCUGAUGUUGAUGACAGCGACUUGCAAAUCACCAUAACCAACGUUCCUCCUCCCGAUGAUGAUGAAGGGAAGAAUGGGGAAUCCAUUUCAUUGUGGAGACGCUUCCUGCAGGGAAAACCACCUUCCGACGUCGAUCCAAGAGAUUGGCCACCGACAAAGAAAUACACCAUUAUAUUAAUUGUUGCACUAUCCGCCUUCACGUAUGGUAUCUUACUACCACCCCUCACAUGUUUACUCUUGUUAUUGAUCUUCUACUUCUCUUUCUUCUAG